AUGAGCCGCUGUUGUUUCUUUUAUUGGAGCACCCUCGAAGCGCUGUCAACAGGAGCCGCAGGAGGAGACACCUCCUCGCUGAAGUCUGCAGAUCCUAUGGAUGCGCAGAUCCCCGAGACACCUGCAGCAGCAAUCGCACCAGCGGAUGAGCACCGUGAUGAGCUGAUUCAGUCGGUUCCGCCUACACCCCAUGCCCCGGAGAAGGAUCUUCACCUGAGGGGGUUGUUGUCUCCAGCGGCUCUUGUCUCGUCGCUAGCGCCAGCAACAGCGACUCGUGCUGCGUCCGUGAAGCCGGCAGAGGACUGUGCCUGUAUGGCUCUUGUUCUGCAGAAUGUGCAGCUGUUGCAGUCUCUGGAGAGCGGCGAAUACCUCCACUUUGCAUGCAGAGUGAGCACCACCACACGCAUCGUAUCCGGGGUCAUAAAGAUCAGCCCCGCGAUGUAUGGCAGCAGCGGCAGCAACGAGGCUGCAGUGUUAGGAACUGCUCUUGAGCCCUUCUGGGUAGCUCAGCCUGCAGCAACAGCAGCAGCUGCUGCUGCAGCAGACACUGUAGGAACGCCGCCAGCGCUGCUGCUACUACGCAGCGGACUGCCACGUCGCUUGACGGUUGAGGCUUGGCUUGGGUCGCAGUGUAUGGCGCAGGGAGCAGUGGCAGCAGGAACGAGGUGCCUUGCCAUAUGUCACAUCACCGUCCCCGAGGCUAUCACUCUUCAAAGCUUGCGGCAGCCGCAGCAGGGGUUGCUUGUGCUUUCUGACGCUGAGAAUGCAGAACAGGAAGAUGAUAGCAAAGAGUCUCCCCCUCAGCCCCUGCGGCAGCCACGGCCUUCUACACCCCCCAAACAUCUGGCAGCUGCCGCGCGAAGCGCAGCAACAUCAACGACUGCUGUGACAGCAGCAGCUGCCGCUGCUGCUGCGGAUGCGACUCUUGCUGCAGCGCACCGUUCACUCCUUCGUCUGGACGUCUCCGGCUCGCGACUUGCCUCUUCUCUCCUCGAGGAGCAGCAACGGCAGCAGCAGCAGCAACAACUGCAGCAACAACACCUGCAGCAGCCUCUCACCUCCAAAUCAAACUCCUGCAGUGAGCUCCCAAGAAAGGCUACAGACUUCUCAAUACCUGUCAGCACCCUGCGUUUCCGCUUGGCGUGGAUAGGCCUUAGCCUCUCGGAAUCCCAGAGCCUCGUGCAUGCGCUAGUGGAGAUGCAGCGGAAAUUCGAGCUGGAAAUCAGAAAGCUGCCCUCAGAUCCUGGUGUAUGGGAAGGUAAAUCUGCUGCUGCUACCGACGUGCUUACCCCUCUCGGAUGCGCCUCCACGCGCUGCCCUUCAGCUCACAAUCAGGAAGAGGGUGCAGCAGCAGCAGCAGCAGCGGCUGCUGCUGCUCCGGCUUGGAGCGACGUCAGCAGUCCUCCGUCUGCCUUGCAGCUGCCAGCAAGCCGCAGGAAGGCAACGGAGUGUCUUGCGGCGCUGCAGCCUGAGCUGCGGCAGCAGCAGCAGCGCGAUCUGGGAGAAGAGGAGGCUCACGUGUCUGUGCAGCUUGUCAGGGAGUUCAUCGACAGGCGUAGGGCUGAGGCGGAGGCAGUUGUUGGGGAGCUUUUGCUGCAGCAGCAUGAGUUCUCGCAGCCUGCGGCAUCGGCUGUAGAAAAUGCCACAGGGGCGGACACAGCGGGUGCAGUGGCGAGACGUUUACAGCAGCUGCUCUUCUCUUUGAGGACGCAUGCGCUGUCAGCUAGCAGCCACAGCAGCGGGAGUCGCUGCAGUCGCUUUCGCAUGACUGCAAAGGAUGUAUCCCACGUCUUGCUUCGCGCGGGAGUCUGCUUGGCAGCCGACUCCCUGCAGAUGCAGCAGCUGCUCCUGCUUCUCGAUGAGGCAGGAGAAGGCUUCGUGGAUCUGCAGCUGUUGCUGCUGUUGCUGAGUCGCCGCAGCGCCAGAGAGGAGAGUGCGCUGCUCGCUGCUGCGACUGCACUCAGCAGCUGCUGCUGCGUUCUUGCUGCUGAGCCUAUCGGUAGCGGGAGGCUUCACACCGAGCUGAUGCAAGCCGCAGCCGUUGGAGUUGCCGCCACGGCCCCUCUUGCAGCAGCAGCAGAACAAGGCGGCUCUUCAAAGAAGGAGAUCGUGCUGUCUGCACACCUGCUGCAACAGAUCCUGGAGAGGCUGCUGCACGAGGCCUCACGGAGACAGCAGCAGCAGCAGACAGCAGCAGCAGCAGCACUAGCAGCACCAAGCCUGACAUCCGCACACCUCCGACUGGCGUGUCUGCUGCUCUCUCUGCAGAGUCUUCCUAGAGACGGCUCAGAAGCUGCCCACGCAGACCGCACGCUGGUGCUCGAGCAGCUUGUUGCUGCAGCAACUGCUGCGGAAGCCUCCGAGGAGACAGUCCUCACCGGCGAUGCUGCAACAGUUGUGGAGCCUCUGAAGACACGCGGCACUGGCUAUCCAGCCCUCGUUCGCUGCAGCCUUCUGCUGAGCCACGUACAAGCGGCAGCUGCUACAGCAGCAGCAUCAGCAGCAGCAUCAGCAGCCGCGCAAGAUGCAUGCGGCAGGCCUUGUGGAAAGGCUGAGGAGGCACUCGAGGGGACGGUAGCCGUGCCGAGUAUUUCAGCAGCAGCAGCAGCCCUCGAAGCAGAGCACGGCACUUGCGCGUAUUCCCCGAGUCUCUCGGAGACCAUCGCAGCAGCUCGAGCGAAGCAGGCAGCAGACAUGCUGAGGGAGGCAGCUGAUGCGCUGUUGCUGAUGCACUGGAAGCUCCAAUCGCAACGGCUGCGAGAUCCACACGCGGCAUGUUCUGCAGGCAGUGCCGAGCGACAGCAGGAGCAGCUCAAGCAGCUCCCUCCUGCAUGCCAGUCUCUGCUCCGGAGUCUGUACAUCCGCCUGCUGCUCGGCUGCAUUGGCUGCAGCGACGUCGCCUCGGUGUUGCAGCAGUUCCUUAACGUAGAGCCUCAGUCGCCAUCAAGAGGAGGAGCAAGAAGAAAAGCUCCCGAACUUCCGUUGCAGCUUCAGCUGCAAGGCGUCGAGUCCGCUACCUCCCCUGCAGGUGUAUGGGCAGCUCUGGGUGUCUUAGGGCCCCCUGCAGCAGCAGCCGAGGCGCUGCAGUGGCUUGUCUCGUGCAUCCCGCGACUCAGCAACAGCGACAACAACAGCAACAACAACGGGAACAACAGCAGCACUAGCAGCAGUGGGCUGCUGAACGACAGAAACAACAACAGCAGUAACAGCAGUGCGUUGCUGGAGGCGGCUCAUGCGGCUUUUAGCGCCUUGCAUCUGCAGCGGCAGCAGUUGCUACCAUGGCUUGCAGUCCCUUGUGGUGUUGCUGCAGCGGAAGCAGAGGUGUAUGGUGCAGCGGCAGCAGCAGGAGUAGACUUAGCGGGGGAGAUGUCUCUUGAGACUCUGGGCGAAUCCGUGAGUGCUGAGCGGUGCUGUCUGCUGCUCCAGCAGCAGCUGCCUGUUGCAGCAGCAGAUGCCAGGCUGGUCAUGUGGGGGGCCCUUCCGUGGGUAUCCGGGGGGCCCCCCCCCGCUCGCUACCCAAAGACUUCGGUGCGUUUAGAGCAACUCCAGCAGCGAGCCGCUGCAGUGCAAGCCAACCUGCUGCAGCAGACUCGGGGAGGGCAUGCUGCCCUUGCAGCCGCCGCCGCAGCAGUGCCGCAUGCAAAUCGUGUCUCUCCUGGUGUGCUGAGCAGCAUCCAAGGGGAUGCGUAUAGCUGGGUAGCUGCUGUGCAGCAGCAACAGAAGCAGAUGCCUUCUCUUUUCCACGUGGAGCUCGAGCCUUGGCUCGUUAGGAGACAGGUGCUGCAAGCGGAGGACUGGCAGUGCGUUCAAGUUGCAGCUCUUAGCCUUCCCCCCUUUGUCCUCUUUGCUGCCCUUCUUGCGGCUAGCAAGGCGUGGCGUAGCAGCUCGGAGGAAACUUUUACGCAUCCAGAUCCUAUGCACGCGUUAGAAUUGACGACGAAGGAGACAGCGGCAGGUAUCGAGGCAGUCCUAGGGCUUCCAAAUUAUCUGUGUGUGUUGGUGACGGCGCUGCUCGAUAUCAGAGGAGAAGGCUUCAUCAGGUACACGGAUUUCAGGAGGCUUCCUCCCUAUCUGCAUGCAGCAACGCGUGAGGCUGCCGCAAGGGCUGCACGCGCUGGUGGGGGGAAAUCGGGAAGUGCCCCUUGGUGUCUGGAGGCGUUGCUGCAAGGCACUCAGCAAGCAGCAUCAGCGGCAGCAGCAGCAGCAGAUCUGAGAGACGACGUCGUGCAGCUGCUUACAGCCGGCCCGAAGGGGGGCGUUCUUGAAAGAAUUCUGCAUGCGGAAGGGCUUGUUAGCGGGAUGAUGACACCUCUGGCUGGAGCGGAGACUCUCAGGGUAUGCAAAAGACGCCUAUGA